AUGAUGGAAUACAAGUCUGAAAGCUUUCACAUCCAAGUCCAUGCACCUCCAUCCGAUGCGGCAAAUGAGGUUCUCUCUACGGAUGCUCUUCGAUUUGUCGGCUACAUGUGCCACACCUUCCACGAACGUCGUCAGAACUUGCUCGGCGCUCGAAAGCAACGUGCCAAAGAAUUCGAUGCUGGCGAGACUCCCAAGUUUCUGAACAUUCCAGCCGUUCAAGAUCCCAACUGGAAGUGUGCUUCAAUCCCAUCUGAUGUACAAGAUCGAAGAGUGGAAAUCACUGGUCCUGUCGACCGAAAGAUGGUCAUCAAUGGACUCAACUCAGGCGCAUGUGUUUACAUGGCCGACUUUGAAGAUUCUACAUCGCCAACCUGGAAGAAUUUGGUUGAAGGACAAUUGAAUCUACGAGAUGCAGUGCAAGGGAGCAUUUCUUAUACCAGCUCUUGUACUGGGAAGCACUACUCCUUGGGUAAAAAGACAGCAGUGCUGUUUGUCCGACCUCGAGGAUGGCACUUGAACGAAGCACAUGUCACUGUCAAUGGAAAGCUUGCAUCCGGUUCCAUCUUUGACUUUGCACUCUACUUGUUCCAUAAUGCCCAAAGAUUGAUCACCAAGGGCAGCAGACCUUACUACUACCUGCCAAAGUUGGAGUCUCACCUUGAGGCACGAUUGUGGAACGACGUGUUCAUCACAGCACAGCAGUACUUGGGACUACCCAUUGGAACCAUUCGUGCCACGGUUCUCCUAGAGACAAUAACAGCUUCCUAUGAAAUGGAAGAGAUUCUCUACGAGCUACGAGAUCACAGUCUUGGCUUGAAUUGUGGCCGAUGGGACUAUCUCUUCUCCUAUAUCAAGAAAUUCAAGCUUCACCCCGACAAGAUUGCUCCAGACCGGUCGUGUCUGACCAUGGAAAGUCCACUCAUGGAGGCAUAUUGUAAGCGAGUAAUUUACAUAUGCCAUAAGCGAGGGACCUUUGCUAUUGGUGGAAUGAGUGCUGUCAUUCCAAGAAAGGAUGAUGCCAAGAAGAAUGAGAUGAAUUUGAAGUGUGUCGCCAACGACAAGGAACGAGAAGUCAUCUUAGGACACGAUGGCACUUGGGUGGCACACCCAGCGUUGGUAAAAUGUGCACGAGAUAUCUUCGAUAAGCACAUGUUCGCAGCGAAUCAAAUCGAAUCCAAGCCGAUGAUGGAAGGAGCCAAGGUUACAGAAGCAGACCUACUUCUCUUGCCUCAGGUACCUGAUGGCAAGGCCAUAACCAGCAAAGGUCUUAAGUGUGGGGUGAAAACUGUGCUUCACUACACCGAGGCCUGGAUCCGAGGCGUCGGUUGCAUUCCACUGAACCAUAAGAUGGAGGAUGCUGCGACUGCCGAAAUCAGCAGAGCCCAAAUCUGGCAGUGGCGGCAUCAUGGACUAGUGACUCAAGAUGACGGCGUAGUAAUCACGUCACAUCGGAUCUCAAGUUUGGUGGAUAAUGAAGUCGCAAUGCAUACCGGUGGGAGAUGGAAGCUUGCAGGCAAACUCGUGAAGGAAAUGCUGUCACAACACGAUAGGCUAGACGAUUUCUUGACCACAGUUUGCUAUCCCUACAUCGUGACCACACAUUGUGAAGAGAGGAGAGCAAGACUGUGA